AUGGACCCCAACGUUGUACUCGACCGCCUUCAACGCGACAUCGACGACGAAAACCUCAACAUGGAGGAGAUGAGUCAAGUCUACCAUGACUAUUCUCAGCAAGUCGAGGACGCUGAUGAUUCGCCGACACCCAUCAUGGAUCGUUUCUACUUGCAGGGUGGCAACGCUGCCCUCGCCACCAUGAUAAAUCUGACUCAAGUCAAAUUCGAAACGAUCUGUGCGAUCGUUGAGUCCGUCUUGGUCCCUGCUUGGACACUCGGGGAGUGGCAAACUGUGUCGGCGAUCAAGCUGUCUUCAUCUCUGAAGACUGUGUAA